GACAGUUAAAUAGUUGCCUACAAACAGUUUUUAACGUGUAAAAAGGCAGUGUACUUCGCAAGAGGUCUUUGGACAGCUUAAACAAAAGCCAUGGACAAGUUACGAAAUGUGUUAAAUGGAAAAGAAAACGACGGCGGCGAAGCUGGUCUUGUGACAGCGGUCACAGGUGGGGGAGACAGUUGUUGUCCUUCUUUGAGUUGGGAGACAAGAAUCAAAGGUUUUAUUGCUUGCUGUGGUCUUGGGAUUCUUCUCUCUAUCAUUGGUAGCAUCACUCUUUUUUUCGGAAAUCUUGUUUCAUUUGCUCUUCUGUAUUCGUUUGGAACUCUUACAGCUCUUUCUAGCACUCUGUUUCUUAGAGGUCCUGUGAGCCAAAUGAAAAGCAUGUUCAAGGAGACGCGUAUAUUUGCCACUAUCAUAAUGCUUUUAAUGGUUGUUCUCACACUGUGUUCUGCUUUUUGGUGGAAAAACGCCGGUCUUUGUCUUCUAUUCUGUAUUCUCCAGUUUGUAGCUUUUGCUUGGUAUUCAAUAUCUUACAUUCCAUUUGCAAGAGAUGCAGUGAAGAAAUGUUUCAGUGCUUGUUUGUCUUGAAUUGCCACCCACACAAUUUACGAUUGCAAUUCAAAGCCCUUUUUCUUUUUUUUAUCCUAGUACUUGUUGUAUAGCCUUGUGAAGAUGGUCUAUAUAACACUCUCUUUAAAUUCUAUCAACUUUUAUAGCCUAACCUAUGUAAAGGUCUUUAAAUAAGAUGGACCAUUCUACUACAUGUAAAAAUAAGGCUGGAUUUCUAAAACCAGAACUUCGGAAACUUUAAGUUGAUUACGGAUACUAUAGCAAUUAAAUUUAUUGCAAUCUGGAUUAAAAUGUCUUUAACUACAAAAUUCCCGUUUCAGAAAACUUAAAAUAUUUGUCAAACUCCGAUGGCUGAAAUCCAGUCCUAUAUGUAGUAUAUGUUGUACUGCUUGGCCAUAUAACAAUUUUCAGCACCUACGGUCUUCGCAAAAAGUGAAUCUAGUAACCAAGAUGCCUUCUUCUUGGACCGAGCAGUAAUAAAGUUUCUUGCUUGCCUGUUUAAACACCCCUUUGGUUGUGGUCUUAUCUUGUUUCUUUCUUCACCUGUUCGUGCCUUCCAUAUUAUAUUGUAGUUUCGUUAUUCUUUAGACUGGUGGUUCUCAACCUUUAUUAACUCUUCUAUCAUUCUUCAUUCACAAAUUUCUAGAAUCACUUAUAAAACUAAAUUGUACAGGACAAAAAUAUGAAUCCUGAUUUUUUCAGUAAUUGUUUAAAUAUUGUAGGCAAUAAUUUGUUUUCAUGCCAUUUGGAAGACCUUUAUGUACCAAAAAUGGUAUGUGUAAUAUAUAGGUUGAGAACCACUGCUUUAGAUUUUGUUAAACAGGUGUAUUGCCUGCAUAGUUUGGUAUUUAUUGUUUUGUAGAAUUGUUUUAACCGGAACUUAAAUUCGUAAAUGUGCUUUAGCUGUUGACAGCAUCUUAAAUAUAAUUUCUGUUUAUAUUCUAAAUCAAAAACAUUUAUUCAGUUGAUUGGAAAUAAUUUUACAACUUUUUAUGUAAAGCUGUUUCUAUACACCAGUGAUUCUAAUCUUAAUAAAUAACUAUUAGGUUGUCCGGGGUUAAAAUCACUGGUAUUACUGACGUUACACUAUUAAACUGUUAAC